AUGUCUACUGCCAACACCAGCACCUUCAUCCCAGCACAAUCACCCAACAACAUCCAGAUGGUCAUCACCACUGAAAAUGCCAAGUGGAUGGUUGAGGAGGCUGCCAGGGUUACAAUGCAGGCACUGAGAGGACUUUGGGGCCAGGAUGCUAAGCACUGGGGCAAAGUGGCUCAGCUUGUGUGGGCCCAGCUGGGAAUGGUCUGCACAGUUGUUGAACAUCUACCCCUGGCAUUUGAGAUCCCUCUGCAUCUUAUUGCUAUUGAUAUGCACAUGGUUGACCUGGCAACAAUCUUUGCCAUGCAGACAUGGCUGCCUUUCAACCAGAUCCUGAAGUGGCUCAAGACAGGAGUCCACUGA